GCAGAAGCGGCUGCCGAUUGGCUGAGAGCGGCGUCCCAUCUGUCUCCGGAGGCGGGCUCUUUUCUCGCGCGCCCUUGCGUCUUCAAACGGUCGCUUCCGAAAGCUACAGGCGGAAGUGUCAAUCACUUCCGGCCAGGCCUAACAUUACCAGAGGCAUCUUCGCCCACCGGUCUCCACGAUGAGUACCAUGUUCGCCGACACUGUCCUCAUCGUCUUCAUCUCGGUGUGCACCGCGCUACUAGCCGAGGGCAUAACAUGGGUGCUGGUGUAUCGAACAGACAAGUACAAGAGGCUGAAGGCAGAGGUGGAGAAGCAGAGUAAAAAAUUGGAAAAAAAGAAGGAAACAAUAACUGAAUCAGCUGGCCGGCAGCAGAAGAAGAAAAUAGAGAGGCAAGAAGAAAAACUGAAGAACAACAACCGGGAUCUGUCAAUGGUUCGGAUGAAGUCCAUGUUUGCAAUUGGCUUUUGUUUCACCGCUCUAAUGGGAAUGUUCAAUUCCAUAUUUGAUGGCCGUGUGGUUGCCAAGCUCCCCUUCGUACCCCUGUCCUACAUCCAGGGUUUGUCCCACCGUAAUCUCCUGGGCGAGGAUUACACGGACUGCUCCUUUAUCUUCCUCUACAUUCUGUGCACCAUGUCUAUUCGACAAAAUAUCCAGAAGCUGCUAGGCUUGGCUCCUUCCCGAGCCGCCACCAAGCAAGCAGGAGGAUUCCUUGGCCCACCACCUCAAGCUGGAAAGUUCUCCUGAAGUCUGAGAAAUAAUUCCUGUCGUGUCUCACCAGUUGAAGAGAGAAGGGAAGAAAAUCCUGGGGGUUUUGCAUGAAGUGUAGACUGUGCAAAAGACUUUCUGAACACAACACUUGGAUGGCUUCAGGUGAUCACAUGUGUUUUAAAGACUUUUUCUUUCUUUGCCUGAUCUCAGCACUUCCCCCGGAAUGCUUUUGGAAAAUGUUGGCAGAGAUUUCAGCGGUGGAAUUCCCUCUUAGAAUAAUCCGAUUGUAAUACCCUCAGGGUGAAAAUUAAAAAAAGAAAUGCAUGUAA